CGAACGUAAACUAGAACGUCAUAUUUUGUCAAAUCAAAUGUCAAUUAUCCAUGUAAACAUGAGGUUAUGUUAAAUAAUUUUAAAAUUCUCUAAUAAAAGCUACUUUUGACAAAUUAACUGAUUAAUAUAGCUGUGUAAAGAAUUGGGGAGUGUUUUUGUCGUAUUAAACAUGAAUGCAAUCAGGAGUUUAUGGCGUUCAGCGCCCAUUGUACGUGGUGUGGUAGCUCCAAGUUAUGCUAUUCGACCUCUUUCAACAGUCACAGCGGCUCCUAUUCAAAAACCUAUCGAUCCGGUGCCAUCGACUGGGACUGUGGAACUCGACAAGUUAUAUAAAAGAGUUGAAUUGGAAAUGCGCGGGAUCGACCCUGCUGUAUUGCUGAGUUACUCUUGGUUCUGUGUGGCGGCCGCUUCACAUUUGGGAAUUGAAGUGACAAAAAGUUGGGCAUUAAGAAAAGCAGAGAAAGAAAGGCACACACUCCUCCGUUGUGUCCAUAUUUACAAGAAACACAAAGUUCAAUACGAGAUAAGAACCUACUUCAGAUUCAUACAUUUGCAAAGGCUUACGGGAUCAACCUGUGACACCUACCUUGAGUACAUAGAGAGGAACCUGCCAGAAGGUUGCGCAUUAAAAGUCACCAAGAUUGAAUGCCAAAAACUACCUGAACACAUUACUCCACCAACUAAUGAAUAAGAUAUAUUUAUAAAUGUAGAAUUAGAAUAAAACAUCUGUAUAGUAUA